AUGGAUAAUAAAUCAAAAUGGACGCCUAACAUAAACAAAAGAAUUGAUCCACGAGGAGCUCAAGAAAAUUCCCGAGAUGAAAACGGUUGCUGGGCAAAGUGUCAAAACAAAAAGAAUCUCAGCAUAGAUGAUUACGAGAAAGCAACACAAUUUUGGUUAUUUAGUUGUAAGCGACCUCACAUGAGAGGUUUCCAGGCAUCCUGGUUUGGCACUUUUAUUGCCUUCUUUGGUUGGUUCAGUGUACAGUCAUUAGUUCCUGAUAUUCAAGAAGAUCUGAAAUUAACAGAUGAAGAAGUUGCAAAUUCUGGAAUAGCUGCAGUUGUCUCUGUAAUAGGGGUGCGACUUGCAACAGGUCCAUUGACUGAUCGAUUUGGACCGAGACGUAUCAUGGCCAUACUCCUCAUGACUGGAGGAAUUUCUCUGGGAGUUACAGGGCUCACAUCUACCGCCAAUGGACUUAUAAUUACUAGAUUCUUUAUUGGCAUUCUUGGUGCGACAAUUGUCCCGUGUCAUUCUUGGGCGUUCAGUUUAUUCAGUUCUAAUAUUGUUGGCGCUGUAAAUUCAUUAGCAGCUGGCUGGGGAACGAUGGGAGUAGGUGUGGCUUUUCUUGUAAUGCCUCUGCUGCUAAAACUAGUACUGCUGAUCGGAGUUGGGAAAUCAAAUGCUUGGAAGAUAUGUUUGACUAUUCCAGCAACAAUAUGUCUUAUCAGUGCAGUACUCUUUUGGUUAUUCACGGAUGAUUGCCCACAAGGUAGAUGGGGAUCAAGAAAGACGAUUGUUGAAAUAGACACACUUGAAACUGCCAAUGGAACAGUUAAUGCAGCAAGUGAUGAUUCAAUAGUUCCAGCAAAGGUAGCAGAUGAUACUUCCAAGAAAUUCACAAAGCAGAAUAACAAAGGAUUUCGAGGGCACAUUGGAUUUAGAAUUUUCGCAAUCGCUGUCCUAUUCAUACAAUUUUCGGGUGUUGGGAUAUCUAUCAACAGCACAAUGAAUGUGUAUCUAUUGCGAAAAUUCAAAGACAAAGACUGUGAUCUGAAGGAUUCCAAAUUUGCUAAUACCACCAUGAUGAGCGAUGAAUGCUCAAUUAUAAGUGCUGAAACUGCCAGUCUAAUAACAUCCAUUUUUAAUCUCAUGCUUCUGUUUGCUUGUUUAACCGGUGGUUUAUUUUCUGAUUUACUUGCCAAACGUUUUAGUUUAUCUGGCAGGCUUAUGAUUCAUUCACUUUUUCUCGCCAUGCAUGGUAGUUUGAUGAUCUUAUUUGGCUAUAUGGAGAGUCUUCCCAGUGCAAUUGCUGUUCUUAUUCUCUGGAGUUUUUGCUAUCAGAAUACUCAGGGUACAAACUUCGGACUGGAACCAUUUAUCUGGCCGAAGCGAGUUGGGUUGGUCAGUGGAAUUUUAGCGAUGGGAGCGACAUCUGGCAGCAUCUGUUGGAAUCUUCUCUGGCGUUAUAGUCUUGAUAACAUGUCAAGGUACUACACAAUUGUGGGCUCAGUUGCAUUAUGUUCAUCCUUAUUAACAAUAUUUGUAUUCGUUGGGGGUUAUAACAUGUUGGAUCCAUGUCUCAAGAAAGGAAUAUUCCGAGAGGGGAACGUUGUAAAACAACACAAUAAUAUUCACGAGAACAGAUGAGACACACUUGUGCAUGCUUUUACAAACCCUUGAGCCUGUUCUGAGACAUGCCAAUGAGGCAAUGAAAAAUGUAGGUUCAUUGACAGUAAAAAAGAAUAAAUUGUCAGUUCAUCGAUCUUAGACACAUGCAGUUUGAAUGUAAAAACUGGAUAAAUGAAUGGAUAAGUGAAAAGGCAAUCCAAAAAUCAUUUUUUGUCAUAAAACAACUCAUGAGCUCAAUAUUGUAAAUGAGAGAACAUAGAUGACACUUAUGAAUGAAAAGGUGGUUCCUAUCAUGAUAUGAGUAUAACCUAUACAUAUUGGAGAUGGAGCCUAAGUUUGGCAAACGCAUUGCAGUGGCGUAGCCAGAAUUUGACAGGAGGAGGUUCGAAUA